UAUGGGUUUGAAAAUAAAAAUUCAAGCUAUCUUUAAAUUUAGAGUUUAGUUUUUAUAGAAUGUGAAUAUAAAGAUUUAUAACUUAGAGCAUCUUUAAUAAGAGUAUCAUCGAGAGUUUCAUAGACUAAUGAUUCGUACCUUAAUUUUCUUUUAUCAUUGGAGUUCCAUGACGCGGCACAGAGGAUAUCAAAAUUGAUGAUACAGUGUUUUAUUUAAGGUGUCGUAUCAUCAGAAGAAGCAGUGGUGCAGAUUGAGGCGGCGCCAUGUGUGAUAAGAACGACUAUGUUUACAGAUCCAUGCAUUAGUGAAUAUGACAGUAUUUCUUGUUACCAUACGUGCAAAAUAAAUAAAUAUUUAUUAGGUGGUACAUGCAAAAAAGGAUCAUUGUAAACUUGCUUCCAUUUCAAAGCUACAAGUUGUGGCUUCUCAAAACAUUGAUUAAGGGGAUACAAAAUAAAAAGUUGGUAACAAUGAAGAGGAAAAUACUUUUUGGCAGGCACUUUUUUCUCAUUAUUCUCUUAGUUGCUCAAGAAGCAAGGGUGCAGAUUGAGGCAGCAUGUGACAUAAUAUUGCUUAGAUACAAAUAUGCACCAUGCAUUGAUUUAAUUGACGGCCUUUUUUGUCGUCUUGAAUGUUUUAGGGCGAAUAGACUUUUAAAGGAUGGUUGCUGCAUAAAUGGUAAAUGCACGUGUUAUGGUAAAUGCACGUGACUAAAUGGCUUGAUUUUGUAUCCAAUAAGUAAACAAAAUUAAGCUAUUUAUAAAAAAUUCGGAUUAUGUUUACCGAAUUUUUUUGUCUUGAAAAUAAAAUUUAGAUUCUGUGUAUCGAAUUUUUCUUGAAUAUGCAUUAGAAAAAAAUCAAUUUUUGCGUACCAAAUUUUUUGUAAGGAUAAAAUUGAAAUUUUCGGGGUGAAAAAUAAUCACGGGGUGUGAAGAAAAGCUAUCCUGUUUGUUUCUCUUUGUAAUUUUGAGUUUCUGGUACACUUUGUACUAAGUCCCUUUUCUUGAAUAUAAUUUAGCCUUAAAAAAAAAACUUGAAUUACAUUGGU